CCUUCUUAAAUAAAAUACGGGUCCGAUAGCUUCUGCUCGUUAUUCUCUCCACCGACUGACACCGCUUAAAGCCUUAUAAAAAGCUACAAAAAGAAAACGAUACCACGGCAAGCAAGCAGAGAGUCAUCCGAGCGCCGGCGAUCAAGACUCUAAGAACAAGUAUUUUAGUUCCCAUUUUGGACGAUCACAAGAAUAUUCAGUUACUGGUAGCUCCGGCAACAAAAAUGUCUCAAAAAACUGGGAGGCGUUCCGUCAACCGCCCACCAACGCCUGUUUCAAACCAGGUUCUUGUUAAUCCAAGCCAAGAGCUUACCCUUCAAGAAAUUAUCAAUUUGAUUGAGAGUGGAGAAAGAGAGAGACUGAAGCAGCUUUUGAGGGAAAGGCUUAUUGAGUGUGGUUGGAAGGAUGAAAUGCAAGCUAUCUGCAGGGCAAUCACAAGGAAAAAAGGAAGGAAUAAUGUUACAGUGGAUGACCUUGUACAUGUCAUCACUCCAAAGGGCAGAGCCUCUGUUCCUGAUUCAGUGAAGGCGGAGUUGUUGCAGAGAAUUAGAUCUUUCAUUGCAUCAGCUGUUUAACAUUGUUCUCAAUAGUUGUUCGGGAAGCAACAGCCAUAUAUUAUGAUGGCUAGCAAGUCAUGUUCUGCUUUCUUGUAAAAAAUUUAGUCAACAAAUCUUUAUUAUUCCAUAGAAAAUUUAGGAUCUUGUUUUUAUCACAGCUGAUGAUCAAGGUGACAUGUUGUACGAGAAACCCGUCGAACUACUGUUGGACUUGCAAUGUCUAUAUGUAAUGGUAUAUUGCAGUUAAUAUUUUGAAGCAAGUUUUUAGAGGAUCUUUCUGGCAAGCAGACAUCAAGCCAAUUUUUUUUUCUGCUCUCCCUGAGAUUGUGGUUUUGUAGAUUAAUGAAGUUAUUUGAUCACCAAAUGGCUGGUCAUCUUGAACUUGUUUGAUCACAGUAAUGCAUGUAUGAGUAACCUUUUAAA